UUGGGGAGCCGACGUUGUUUAGCAAAUCAUUCGACGAACAUUUUGUACGCUCGACACACGCGAGGCAGACGCGCUCAACGUCCGAAACGUUUCGACUUAUGUAGCGGCGACCACCUUCGGUGCCAGUAGUUAGUAUAUUUAGGUGGCGCGCGUUGCUGACCCGUAGACGAUUUUCUUUAUGUCCGAUUUUUGGGAUUUUUCGCGUAGCCCGACCGUCGUCGUCGCCGUUGUGGUGUGCGUGUGUGUGCGGUUAAUAGUCGGAUUAAGAUGCGCUUAAGUGUGGGUGAUGCUGCGCACGGCAUUGCUCCAAUUUGACGCUCUGGAUGCACCCGACUGAUGUGUAAGAAAUCAAAACUACCAGAGAGGGCGAUACUUCUGCUACUUAUUACAAUGUGCCUGGCUGACAUCUGCAACUCCGCGUGUUUGGGCCCGGUUUGCAUCGUCAGAGUUCAAAACUUUCGGCUCAAUCGCGGGCAAGGUUACGUCCAAGUCAUAGGGAAGCAGGUACUGGCGCGCAAAGCAGCAGAUAAUCAAGACGGCAAACUGAACCUGUACAAGAUCUCUACGGUCGACUACAACGACGUCGGUUUCUACUUGUACGACUCGAACGCCAAGAGGUUUAUAUGUUGGAAAAAGACGUUAGACAGAGUGAUCGGAAUGAAUAUCAAGAGGAUCAACGCGAGGAACCUUUGGCCGUACUGCAAGUUCAAGGACUACCCGUCGACGAGGACGUCGUACGUCAGAUUGCAGGCGUCGCUCGACAACUCGACCGAAAUUAUUUUCAACCGCAAUGGCAGACAGCCUAAAGUGAAACGGAACUGCAAGAAGAAGAACCGGUUCUCGAUGGACGACAACGCGCACAGACACGAGCACUGCGACGAGUACGGCGACUUCCUGGUACUCAACGAGCCCGUUUACAACGGUUACCAGCACGCCGUCUACCGAGCCCUCUGCAAGGGCGAGCUCAGGAACAUGCGAGAACUGUCUGUCAUCUGUCGCAAGAUGCGCAUCAACGAGACGAUCAACUGAAUACAGUUUAUAGUGCGCCGGUGUGUGGUGCCUGGGUGACGGAGUGUGCGCAAAACACUCCCGCCGACUCUCUUAAACAAAUAACAUUUAACAAGCAACCCUGUAUGUUAGGCUUCUUCGUCCGUACGCUUACCUAUUAUGUACUUAAUAUGUCGUAUUCGAGGAUGAGUGUUUUACGUCAACUCCGCAACUUCGCGGGUUACGACGGGCAAGGAUGAAUUUGUCCUCCCGCUGGGUCCGACAUCCUUGUAUCCGCGUAUACAAUAGCGUCAGUAUUUUUGUAGUCUUAAACCGCACUUGUAUAUGUACUGUACAAAAUAGCUAUAUAUAUAUAUAAAUAUACAUACAUACAGAUAUAUAUAUAUAUACAUACUUUUAUACCGAUUUAAUUUAUUUUUCUAUAAUUUAAAAAAGCACUUUAUAUGAUUUCUCUUUGUCGCUCGUCGCGGUUGGUGAAUGUAUAACCUGUACAGAUCUAAUUUUUCGUUUUUUGUUUUUUUUUUUAUUUUUUAUCUUUUGACCUCUGUGAGGUGCGCGUUCGUAUUAUAACCGGCUUGUAUAUUUAUUAUAUUUAUUUUUGUAAAUGACUCCGUAACCGGCCGCGGGAGGAAGCGCCGCCACUGCCUUUCGCGGCCCGUCUAAACAUAGGCGGGGGCGGAUUCCAGUCGACGGUCCCGGCCGAUACUUCCAUGUUUUAAUGGAGAACCGCAAAAUGUCGUCACCAAAUAAAACGAUAACCGACGAGGCUAAGCGCGUUUUUUUUGUUGUGCGUGCGUGCGUGCGUGUGUGCAUGCGCGCACGCGUAUAUGUGUGUGUGUGUGUGUGUGCGUGUGUGCGUGUGUGCGCGUGUCUGUGGGCCUCUCACUGUCGCGUAAGAUCUGUAGAGAGUAAAAAAAAACCUUAUACCCCCGUAACAUUCCAUUCCGUAAUACUGAAGAUGUAUUUACAAUAAAAACGAA